AGAGAGCCCCAAAGGCCCAAAAUUCCUCUUAGUCCCUGUCAUUACAGUUGGGUUUAGAAGACUAAGGCCAGAGCCUCUUCUGGAUGUUGACAAGAGAACAGUAGGAGGACACGAGAAUGGAACUGGAAAGGAGUUGAGGGGCAGAACUGUGAGGAAGAACUGUAUUGAUGAAAGGAAAGCUGGAUCCAAGCUAAUAUAUUCAAGAAUUGGAUUAGUAAGACUCGAAGAUGCUUAUAUUGCAAAUGUACUAAAAUAAUUUGUUGCUUUUGAAAGAAAAGAGGUAUUAAUUAAUACUCAUAGUUCAAAUAUUUAAGUUGCAAACAAUUUUGUAAAACUUACUCAAAGCCUUGCUUUUCCUGUACAGUAAGCAGUUGUUGCUGAAAAGCUGACUAAAAAGGCUGAUUUUGAAAGAGGAGCACUAUUGUUCAGUUGUGGUAAAGCUCACAAAUUAAUUAUCUGAUAUGACAUACAGAAACCUGUGUGUGUUCCUUCACCAUAUUCAAAUCCACUGGUCAGCUGUUGGCAGUUUGUGACUACAGAUCAUUCAGAUUUUAAAAAGGAAACGUAACAGAUGACUCAGUAAUUAUUUGAAUAGAACUGGUGUAAAACUUCAGGUUAAAAGUCAUGAGUCAGAUUCUUUUUGUCAUUUUACACAGGCUGAUACCUCACCCAAAAACAAUUGAAUAGCAAUGCAGACUUCCUGGAUGAACUCACAAGCUUGUUCUUCUGGGGAUUAUCUUGGUACCUCUUCGUGCCAUAUGUAUGGUAAUCCUUUUACUGCUGUCCUGGCUGUCUGCAUCAGCUGCAACUUUCUGUCACGCUGGAGGAGCAUCAGUGCCACUUAAAGGAUGGAGAAGGAGGAUGAUCCAGACAACCCUCUCAUGCCUAACUCGUACCCUGUUCUUUGUAAUGGGUUUCCAAGUUAAAGUAAAAGGGAAAGUGGCGAGUCUACAGGAAGCCCCAAUCUUUGUUGCAGCUCCUCAUUCAAGCUUUUUCGAUGCCAUUGUUUCUGCCUUAACUGGAAUGCCAUCAAUAGUAUCUAGAGCAGAGAACCUUUCAACUCCGGUAUUUGGCACAAUUUUAAGUUCCCUCCAACCUGUAGCAGUUUCUCGUCAAGACCCCGAUUCACGUAAGAAUACAGUCGCUGAGAUAAGUAGCCGGGCAUUGUCAAGAGGCCAGUGGCCACAGAUACUGAUUUUCCCAGAAGGCACCUGCACAAACCGAUCUUGUCUGAUCACAUUUAAACAAGGUGCAUUCAUUCCUGGAGUUCCUGUGCAACCUGUUUUGCUCCGAUAUCCCAACAAGCUGGAUACUGUGACCUGGACAUGGCAAGGCUAUUCACUAAAAGAGCUGUGCAUAAUGACACUGUGUCAGCUCUUCACAAGAGUGGAGGUUGAGUUUCUGCCUGUUUAUGUUCCUACUGAGGAAGAAAGAAAUGAUCCCAUUCUUUUUGCCAAUAGAGUCCGACAAACCAUGGCAACUGCUUUGAAGGUGCCAGUCACUGAUCAUACUUUCGAAGACUGCAGACUGAUGAUUUCAGCAGGACAGCUGACUUUACCCAUGGAAGCAGGGCUGGUGGAGUUCACCAAAAUCAGCAAGAAGCUCAACUUAAAAUGGAACCAUGUGAGAGAGCAGUUGGAUACCUUUGCUGCUAUUGCAAGUGCUUCCAAAGGGGGAAGAAUUGGAAUUGAGGAAUUUGCAGAGUACUUGAAGCUGCCUAUUUCAGAUGUCCUCAGAGAGCUGUUUCUACUCUUUGACAGAAAUGGAGAUGGCACCAUUGACUUCAGAGAAUAUGUCAUCGGUUUAUCUAUCCUCUGUAAUCCAGCCAACACAGAAGAGACCAUUCACAUGGCAUUUAAGCUCUUUGACCAGGAUGAUGAUGGCACUAUAACAGAGAAAGAGUUUGCUUGUAUCAUUCAGUCAGCUCUGGGGCUGCCUGACCUUGAUGUUUCUAACCUCUUUAAAGAAAUAGAUGCAGAUGAAACUGGAAAGCUGUCCUAUGAUGAGUUCAAGAACUUUGCACUUGAACAUCCAGAAUACGCCAAGUUGUUUACUACCUACUUAGAGUUACAGAGAAAUCAGGUAGGUAUGGCAGAGGAAGAUGACAGCAUUCAGUCAUCUGAAGCCAAACACACUCCAAUUAGAAAGAGUGCAGUCCUAGGCUCAGAAACAAGACCAACUGCAAGAAAUAAAGUCUGUCCUGCAGACUGUGAAGAAGAUAACUCUAGUACCUCAGACAAAAAGGAUGACUAAGAACAGUCAAAGAAUUCAUCUCUUGAAUUCAGUGGGAGUAUUCUUUCAACCUAUUAAUAAGCACAAUUGAUACAAAAUAGAGAUGAAAAUUACUGUUAAAAAAAAAAUUGCUUCCUUUUUUGUUAUUGUUUUUUUUUAAUUUUCUAUUUGGAGGAGUUACUCCUGUUUGAAUGUAAAGGAACAAUCGCUGUCCUUGUUGCCAGUAUCACACUACUGGGAAUGUUGUUCACUGUCUUCCAAGGUCAUGCUUCCACAGAAGUAAGAUGUGUGCUAAGAGGCUCCAGUAAUGACAUGACCUCUCAGUAUGGAGUCUGAGGAGAUCCCUUGUCUAAAAACAGGUGAAAUUUUUUGUGGCCCUCAGUUCUUCUGCAUCCCUAACAUGUCUUAAGGGGAAAAAAUAUUUAUUCCACAGUGUUUUAAUUUGAAAAUAUCCUUUAGGCUUUUUGAAGCUUCAGAAAGAUAGAAUUCAAUUACAGGACACUGAAAGCUGAAACUGCUGUCCUUAGAUUUCCCUUAACUGUGUGUGAACUAUAAAGCCUAAGCUUCUGAACAGUGCAUGCUAAUUCACUGAUGUUAACAGAAACAUCUUUAGGAUUAUCGAUUAAAGAUGGGAAUGGCUGCAUUUCUAUGUAACAAAAGACUGCCCAGAAUUCCAAGAUAGCAGCUCACAGUCCACAGGAAAAUGUAAACAAUAAGGCUUCAGAAUAAAUGGACUAUUUCAAAACAAAUAGAAUGUUGCUUACAGUUAUAAAUGCUCAGGACAACUUGGGAGGAGCAUUUCGAACUUCAGCAUAUUUUUAAUCUAAUAGUUAUCAUUAAUGUUACCUUGCUCUGCAAAACUUGAAAGAUGAAUAUGCUAUCAAACCACAGUUCAAGUAGUUUGUAUCUACUCUGAAAUUGUCUCCUAGAAGCCAUAUUUGUAUUACUGUGCCAUUACUCAUUAUGGGCUUAGGCUCUGACUUGAAACCAAGUUCUUUCUAGUUAAUGAUUUGAGUGUUUUGCCUCAGUCCUCUCUAGUGCACUGGAAAUUGAGCCUUUUCCUUUUUUCUAUCCUUCAUUUGAAUGCACUUUAUACAAUAUUUUAAGUACAUAAGUAUUUAUGCAAGUAACUACUAAAUAAAAUCUCAGAAAGUAUGGAAUGACAGAAUAUUUUUAAUAUAAAACUGAGAUGAAUAAAGUCUAGAAUGUCUAGUACCAAAAAGAACCAAUUUCCAGCUGGUUUUCGUAUGUGAAAUGUUAACCUUUGCCUCUAAACUACUGCUUGUGUUGUCAGGCUGUAAGUGCAUUGCCAUGUUUAACCUUUUCUGUAUUUGUAACUGUGCCUAUCCUGAUGUUUCAUGUGCUUAAAAUAAACCUAUAUUUUUAAAAGA